AUGGGAUAUCCUCUCCUGCCCAAGUGCGUGGGGACGGAUGCUCUCUCCGAGACAGCCUCAGCUCCCUUCCUCAUUCAACAAAGCACACCCAUCAAUGAUGCUACACCUACCCAUCUAUCCAUAUCCGCGUAUGCUUACAAUGUACGGCACUCUUUCAUCGUUGUGCUUUCUUCUCUUCGCAACAUCUUGAUUGUUUCCCCCGUCCCCAGUCUCCGUCUACAGCAAGCUCCUUCAUCUAUCUGUUGCUCACGUACCCCCUUCUCGAGACGUUGGCGCACUGGCAACCGGCGCCAGCACCACCAGCCUUGCAGCUCAGCACUGCACCGCAUCGCAUCGCAUCGAUCUUCCAGACAAACACUCUGUCUGGGGGGUGCCACGGGGGACCACGCGGGCUUCAGGUCCACGGCCUUCGUUUCCCGUUUCUGCAUGACCUCCGGCAAGGGUAUCCUCUCUGCUCACCGAAAGUCAAAUCCAAUGGCCCUAUGGCUGCACCGCCUGCGCGAGCAAAUGCAACCUAACCGAACCUACCGCACCUUACAGACUCAUAAACUCAGCUCUGGCCUCUCUACGGCGGCAGCAUUGCUGCUUAAGGUGCCUCCCGUCCCUUUCCCCCUCAUCCAAGUAACGUACACCCGUGGCCUGCCGUCUUAUGCCUCAAUUCAUCGUCUUGACGUUGCCUGUCGAGCAGCAUCCGAAACCUUCGCGAGCAUCAUCGUCGUCAUCUCUUCUUGCCACGGGUUCACCGUCCGUUACCCACUACAAACUAGUCCAGCCUCUACACAGACCUUUCCUGCAAUCCAGCUCAAACGUCCCAGGCUGAUUGUUUCUUGGCCAUCCGCAAUCACUACACAGCUAGGGCACCGAGACGGAUACCCGGCGGGCAAUAACUCCACUCCGCAGCAGAAUACUCCGCAGCGUGCCAGCCUAGGCAAACCUCCAACAUCCCUGGGGGCAUCAACCGCGUCUCGAGCUUCCCGCUGCAUGGAAGUGUGCCCUUUACAGGUACCCGUACCCAGCCGUCUUAGCCGUCCACCGGUCACCCUCCCUCCGUUCUACGGCAACACGCACCUACUUCUGGACUCUGAACUCCGGGAGUGGUCAACUAUGCCGUCAAACCUCCUGACUCAAGACCGCUGUGUCAUCUCUUUCUGGAAGGCAAGCUGUGGCUCUACGGCCAGAUCAGCCGAAGAAAUGAGCAACGACCAUCGGAAACAUUGGACGAUUCACCGCUCCUGCUAUUCAAACUUCACCAUGGGCAUUUACCAAACCCCAUUGCUGGAAAUGAUCUGCAAGACUCUAUGGCGGCUGAAGAUUCAAGCCCAGUCCAGUGAUCCCUUCCACUACCAUAUCUGCUCCUGGCACAUCCUGGGUUCGCUGCGCACCCUGCGAGGCCAGCAACUUAUCAGCGAUAUACUUACUUCAUCGGGGCUUCUUGUGAACCCAGUUUGGGCCUUUGGUGGGCGAGGCCAGUGCGACCUCGAUUUCACGCGCACACGCACGAACAAAGAUAUUGUGAUAGCAAUAUCCCUUCUAGCGACAUGGGGGGAGCACAAAUGUCCUGGCCAAGUCAUCAAACUCCUGAACCUCCAAAUGUGCCAAUUCCCUGGUUACAGAUCUUCUCCGAGAGCAGAACGUCUUGUCUCAUUCGUCUCGUCCGAGGGUCUGUUGCGCAUAGCUCAGACGCUGGAUCCAGGACUCAACCCAGCAAAGCUUACCUUACAUUCUUUCACCGCUACUGGCUGGCUUAGAUCCGUAUGGUCGAAGUCCCUCACCAUGGUGGUUAUCCUGGCAUCACAGACCGUUCUAAGGAUCUCUACUUGCACAUCUGGAAUGAAAAUCCAGCAUGGCGGCGGGGCAGAAAAUAUCCGUGUUGUCGCCAAUAAUCCAAGCGGCUCGCGUAAGGCUGAAGUCACUGCACACCCGCACAAUGCCAAUGCAUAUUCAUGCGAUGUCCACAGCCCAGACAUUAGCAAUACCGGGCUGUAUCUCCGACUGCACAGUAUUUGUGGCAAGAAGCCAUCCAUCGAUUCUCUGAUUGACCGGGUCUCGGCUCGUUGCACGCGGGGUGGGCACGGUACACUGGACGGCAGGUUGGAUGCCGUCUCGAGGGAUGAACCUGCCAGAACUUUCUAUCCCAUGGUAGCACCAUCAACGUCGUAUGCCUCCCGACGGACAACCGAUCAAAGAUCAAACUAUGCGGCUCAGAAGGCGAGCGGCUAUGCGGGGGACAAAAGGAAAGACGAUGGAGGUCAUCGGGUGUCCUUCUCCCAACCCUUCCACCAUGAUCGACAGCUCGAAACAAAGACGAAGAGAAGCCAUGAUGAGCUCAGCAUCUUUGGGGAUGUUUCUCGUCUGCAGUACCGUUGGCGGGCAUACCAAACCUUGGAGUCCACACCGGAAGCCGCUACGGAUGUUGCUGCCGCUGUGGAUUUCAAAGACAGUCAUCAAGUCUCACAAAAUACACAUGGCCACAUGUUUCAUUGCAGGAUAGUUGCUCUUAAAAGCGCAUAUGCUGCAAGUUGCGAGAAUAUGCCUCAGGGUGGCCGCGUCAGGCACAGUCAGCCACAGAAUCACACCCCGUUGGAACCUCCAGCUCAGCCCCAGCUUCCGUCCAACGACAUUCUUUCGCCGCCGCCUAUUUGCCGCCGACAUGGCGCCCGCAUAGCCAGCAACAGCCCUACCGUAGGGCUUAUCGUGGGAUUCAAGGGUUCAGCUCAAGCCUCGCAUGUGCCAUCGGGUGUAAGUGCUGCAACGGGCAAGCCGGCCAUAGCCGCAACAGCCGCUUUCCCUCAAGCUAAAAGACCACAGUCUGCCGCUUCCGCUGUCCGCUCCGCCCUCCUCGUGAAGAGCAGCGGACGUAAGGGCGGUAUGGAAGAGGAGAGGGUAGAGAGAAGGUUCUGCAAUCGCAGUCACUCUACCUCGAUCCAUGGCAUCGGCCCUAAUGUCGCGAGACUAGGGGGCGCACAGCUACAGCUGAGAAUCCCGGCUGACAGGAGAGGGAAUGUGGGCAAGGGAAACACACAACGGCUGACGGCUUGGCGCAGCUUACCACUCCUGGCCCAGCCCGUCCAACCCGCACCCGGAUGCUGCUCCGGGAUUGUGGGGGUGGGAACGCGAACCCGUGUCCGACCUUCCGGACGGGGUGGGAGGGUACAAAUUCCGCUGCUAGACGCGCUUCCGAAGUUUGACGGCAUUUCGGCGAAGAGAGCGUUCUCCACAUUCCCUUUCCAGAUUGACAGUCUCGUCAAGACGGAUGCACUUGAUCUGAUUAGCAAUGCCGAGACGAGGAUUCGAUGGACAACGAGUGUUGUUAUCUCCUCUUCCUACUGUCAUUCCCCUCUCCUUCAUCUCUCACUCGCCGAGCACCAAGUGAAUCUCAUGCUAGGCUCCUCUGAUCGAAAGGACGGGUAUGGCACAAUCAGCUGCCUCCUUCAAGAAAACUUCAAAGACCAAAGAACUCUGACCGUAGACGGGCUCCUGAUUCCUCAUCUCGGCAUCCCACAUUGCCGAGGCGAGUACUGGGCGCGCUAUAAUCUUCGUCGCGGUCCACUGGGCUGGGAUAUACCUCCCCCGCUCGAGGGUGUGAACUGCUAUAUCUCCUGUCAAAGAAUCCAGGUACAGGUUUUCCUCUGA